CUCUCCCGGCACAGGGGAAGCAGUUGAAGCGGCGCCAUGGCGGCGUCCGGGAGCUGCAGCGGGAGCGGCCGCCGGCCAGAGAGCGGCUCCGAGAGCAAAAGCCCGCAGCUUCAGCAGGCCGGCGGCCGGCGGCGGAGAGGCCCCGGCGCCUUAGCGACGGCCUAUCUAGUCCUUUACAACGUGGUCAUGACCGCCGGGUGGCUUGUUAUAGCAGUUGGUUUAGUCAGAGCAUACCUUGCAACAGGUAGCUAUCAUAAACUCUAUCAUUCAAUAGAAAAGCCUUUGAAAUUCUUCCAGACUGGAGCUUUGCUUGAGAUCGUGCACUGUGCAGUAGGGAUUGUUCCUUCUUCUGUUGUCUUGACUGCUUUCCAAAUCAUGUCAAGAGUUUUUUUGACAUGGGGUAUAGUCCACAGUGUAAAAGAGGUGCAAAGUGAAGACAGCAUCCUUCUUUUUGUGGUCGCCUGGACGAUCACAGAGAUCAUCCGUUACUCUUUUUACACAUUUAGUUUACUAAACCACCUUCCUUAUUUUAUCAAGUGGGCCAGGUAUACUUUAUUCAUCAUACUAUAUCCAAUGGGAGUUACUGGAGAAAUGCUCACAAUGUAUGCUGCUCUUCCCUUUGUCAAGCGAUCUGGUUUAUUUUCUAUUAGUUUACCUAACAAAUAUAAUUUUUCAUUUGACUACUACACAUUUCUGAUCCUGGUUAUGCUAACUUACAUUCCAAGCUUCCCUCAGCUGUAUUUUCACAUGUUACAUCAGAGAAGAAAAGUACUUUCUGUUACUGAAGAACACAAGAAAUCUGAAUAAUUCCAACUUCUAUUUAGAGUUGUGCCCAAAUGUUUGUGCAAAGAGGAACCUACCCAAAUAUGAACACUCAAUCCAAGUUAUAAAUAAUACAGAAUAGUAGUAUUUUGAGAAACUCAAAAUAAAUACUUGAUUGACUGCUCGAAUAUUACUAAAGUUAUCAACAGUAGUAAUUUUGGGUAAAAUCAUUACUCUAUGAAAUUGCAUUUUCAGCAUGUCUUGUUAUAGUGAAACUUUUUAUUUUUUGUGAAUCUAUAAUCUGUUGAUUAAAAACUACCACCACAUCCUUGAUAAUUAAGGUCAUAGAUAAGUAAGCAUUAUGCUUGGAUUAGAAUUAGAAUUAUUUCAAAAUUUGCAUGUCUGACAUUGCAUCAUAACAAUAUUAUCUGGAAUGCUUUUAAACAUUUGCCUAAACUGCCAUCAGCUUCUUAAAGAUUGCUGAUCCUGAUCUUAGAGAAGAUCAUAUUCAUAUCCAACAAGCCUAAACAAAGAGACAGUGUUACCAUGAUAAUAUCUGUAACCAGUUGCAUAAUCUGCACAACUGAUUUUUUUUAUGUAGUUGGGCCUUAAAAUACUGCAUUGUUGCACAAGAGUGAAUGAGUGUUUUAAACAUGCAACGUAAUCUUAAUACCUCAAACUUGGAUGUUCUCUUGCUAUUCUUGAAUGCUUCUCCCCACCAAAACCCUGUUCUAUUGAAAUACACACAUUAUAGGUAAUUUGUUUUUAUAAUCUGUAUUUAAUUGUUGAAGUACAAAGAGAAUAAAUACAAAGAAAAUAUACAAAGAUAGGAAAACAAGAUAAAAAAACAGUGAAAAAUAGAAAAAGUAAAUUACUUUUUAGUGAUACAUCUUCCUCCUUUCUUUCCUUUGUAUUCCUAACUAGUACACUAGUAGCUUUAAGUAAUUUGUGAUUGAUAUUGAUAAAAACAACUUUUGUUACGGCUUUAAAAUUGCUGUCCAAAUUCAUCCAAAUGCAACAUGUUAAGGAAAUGUUGAUACUUUUAGUAAAAUAAGCAUUUAGAGAAAUUGAAGAUACUUUUCUUAAAAUCUGUUCAUGUAAAAUUCAAAACAUUUUAAGGCUCCAUUAAUUUUGGGCUUAAAGUUCAUGCUAUUGCAUGAAAGUUUAAUGUGUUUCAAAGCUAACUCAUUUGGAAAAUUGACAUUUUAUAUGGAAAAUUAUUGAGGAAUCUUUGAAUACUUUUUAUUAAAUAACUGCUUUGAUAGUCUUGAAGAAAAUGCAAAUUGUCAUUUAUAUUUUUAAAUUAGAAGCCAUCAUUGUAAGGGGAUAAGCUUUAUUAUUGCUAAAAAUGAUGCUGGUAUUGCUCAUCCUCCCUAUUACUAAAUUUAUAUACAUUAACUUACAGUCUAAUACAGGGGUCUCCAAUCUUGGCAACUCUAAGCUUUGCUGGCUGCGGGAUUCUGGGAGUUGAAGUUCACAGGUCUUAAAAUUGCCAAGGUUGGAGAAGAAGCAUAUCCUUUACUCCAUUGCUGUAACUUACUUUGUAUCUCAUUGCCACUUUUUACUUCGUUCUACCAUGGAGGUGCUAGUGGUGCCGGGAAUGCCUUACAGAAACCUUUGGCAUUCUUGUUGAUCAUUCUGUAGAAAGAUAUAUAUUUUUUUUGGUCCCAUUAUUUCCUCCAAGCCAGAUACAUAGUGCAACAUGUUAAAGAGUUUGCCCUAAUGGUUUGUCUGUAACAAUUUUUCAUCAAAUAGUGGUUUGUAUUAAAUGGUUCAUAGCCAAAUUUAUACAGCAAACAUAAGCAUACAUUUGUGUGAAGGUUGGAAGAAGAACAACACUUAGCUCAUUCCUCAGUUAUCCAUUUGGUGUGCGGAUGAGACAGCCUUUCCUUUGGGAAUACGGUGGCUUAUUGAGAACAAGUUGUGCCAUCUGAAUCAUUCUAAGCCUGCAGCAAAUUUCAUUCUAUUCCUUCCCUUUACAUGCUACCAGCUUAGCACAUCAGUUCUAUACUGGAAAGGGGAAUGUUGUCAUCCCCACGUUUGGCAGGAUCAUUAAAAUAGAGUGUGCGUUUUCUUGGAAUUUUUGAUAGUUGGCCAUCAACAAAGCAGCCACAUCCACAGAUUCAGGGGAUUGAUUUCCAGAUUCAACACUUAGCCAUUUUAUGUUUAUAACUGG